AUGUGUCUUGUCCCGGAUCAAGUCGCCCUCCUCAUUCAUGUCCCAGGGCGCCCACCACGUCCGGCUGCGUCAAAGGUCACCAGGCACGCGGAGACGCCGAGAGAGACACGGAGACACAGAGAGAGACACGGGGGCGACCUUGGUCGGGGCGAGCUGGUGAGCGAGCUGGUGAGCGAGCUGGUGAUCGACUCGGUGAUCGACUCGGUGAGCGAGCUGGUGAUCGACUCGGUGAGCGAGCUGGUGAUCGACUCGGUGAGCGAGCUGGUGAUCGACUCGGUGAGCGAGCUGGUGAUCGACUCGGUGAUUGACCCGGUGAGCGAGCUGGUGAUCGACCCGGUGAGCGAGCUGGUGAUCGACUCGGUGAGCGAGCUGGUGAUCGACUCGGUGAUUGACCCGGUGAGCGAGCUGGUGAGCGAGCUGGUGAUCGACUCGGUGAGCGACUCGGUGAGCGAGCCGGUGAGCGAGCUGGUGAGCGACUCGGUGAGCGAGCUGGUGAGCGACCCGGUGAGCGACUCGGUGAGCGAGCUGGUGAGCGAGCUGGUGAUCGACCCGGUGAGCGAGCUGGUGAGCGAGCUGGUGAGCGAGCUGGUGAUCGACUCGGUGAUCAACUCGCGCGGGGUGCAGGUGGCGCUGACCCAGGCCGGCAAGGGCGCCAUCGUCACGGGAGGCAUCGCCCUGCUGGGGGGACUCAUCGCUGGACCCGUGGGCAUCGCCGCCGGUGGUGCUCUGGGUGGCCUUGUGGGCAUGGCGGUGACCCGCGGCACGUUCCGCCCUCUGCACGAGGUGCUGGCCGAGCUCCCGGAAGCCGAGCGGCGCCAUCUGGCCGAGGCGGCGGCCGGCGCCGUGGGCGGCCUCGAGUGGAGCGACGCGGCGCAGCUGCUGGCGCUGCUCGCCGCCACCAGCGCCAGUGGCGGCGGCAACCUCGGCAACACCGUGUUGGCCGCCGUGGUGGAGCAGCUGACGGGGCGGAUGGGAGCCCAGGUGGAGAGCUACCCGGACUGACGGGGGGCGGUGGGCGGGGUGAACGUCGGGUGGACGUCGGGUGAACGUCGGGUGGACGUCGGGUGGACGUUGGGUGGACGUUGGGUUGACGUUGGGUGAACGUUGUGUGUAUGUCAUAGCGAACGUGGCCGGGUGAAUGUCAUCGUUGGAGCCGGCGACUAGGCCGAGGAUCUGGAGAUUGUUGAAGAGCCGCGUGGUGGUGGUGGUGGUGGUGGCGGCGGCGGCGGCGGCGGCGGCGGCGGCGGCGGCGGCGGCGGUGGUAGUGGUGGUGGUGGUGUUUUCCUGUUACGCUCACCCGCUCGCUCGUUCGCUCACCCCUCGCUCACUCACCCACCCACUCGCUCACUCACCCACCCACUCGCUCACCCACCCACUCGCUCACCCACCCACUCACCCACUCGCUCACCCACCCACUCGCUCACCCAUCCACUCGCCCACUCGCUCACCCGCCCACUCGCUCACCCGCCAACUCGCUCACCCACCCACUCGCCCACUCGCUCACCCACCCACUCGCUCACCCACCUGCUCGCCCACUCGCCCACCCAAUCACCCGCUCGCUCUGUGUAUCACAGAGCCCGCCUCUGUGAUACGCAGCAGCAGCAGCAGCAGUGCCUUAGUGAGGGUAGCCUUGUGUCAGCCACACGGUGACAGCUGCCACUGGGGGUGCCCCUAGGCUCGUCCGCAGUCAGCAGGAGCAGCAAGCAUCAACCAACCCGAACUGUGAAACUACCGCAGGCUCUGCCUGUCAUACAACAGCAGCAGCAAUCGUCGCUACCUCUAACUGUGAAACUACUGCACUUAUCGCUGCCCCUGAUGCUGCUGACGAUGAUGAUGCUGCUGAUGAUGAUGAUGCUGAUGAUGAUGAUGCUGCUGAUGAUGAUUGAAUGGCAUGACCACAGCAGUGAGUGAGUGUGUGUGAGUGUGAGAGUUCCUCUGGCAGGCAAGGCUGCGUUGGCUGGGUCACAUAGCCCGCAUGCCCAGCCACCGCAUGCCUAAACAGCUUUUGUUCGGCCGGAUAGAGGCGGAUAAACUGGUACAGGAGGACGUGGAGCUGAGUGGACUUGCCGAUGACCGGUACCAGCGGUGUCAAGAUCGGCCUCUGUGGAGGAGGCUCGUGAAGGACGCUGCUACUGGGCAGUUGGAGGCUGUCGCCCUCAAACAACAAUGGAGGAGCGACGCUCACAACAACGAGCGGAGCGCCGGGUGGCUAAAGCACAGAAAGUUUGCGCAGUAGGGGGCACAGGUGGUGCAUCAGCCAGUCAUCUCGGUCAUCUCGGUCAGUCGACCCGUGGCACCUGCUGGGUCUGCCCCGUGACCUCCUGCCAGCGGGCGUUCGACACUCCACGUGGCCUCAAGGUGCACAUGGCCUGGCACAAGCGUCGUGGUGACGUCACCGCCACUUAGUGGCGAAUGGCGGUUGUUGUUGUUGUGUGUGAGUUAAUGUAUUUCUAUGGGUCUUUAUGAGUCGAUGUAUCUAUAUGGGUCUAUGGGUCUCUUUAAGUCCACUCACCCAUCUACCCACUCAACCACUCACACACACCCACCAACCCACUCGUCCACCCACCAACCCACUCACCCACCCACUCACCCAGUCACUCCCACCCACUCGCCCACCCACCCACUCGCCCACCGAUCCACUCGCCCACCCACCCACUCGCCCACCCAUCCACUCGCCCACCCACCCACUCGCCCACCCACUCAGUC